CCACGUUCCCCUCCAAGUCAAAAACGUCUUCAAUAUCAAGUGGAUCUGGUCUCAAGCCACUCUCGCCUUCUUUCACCGCCAUAUUGCUUUCACCAACUGGACUCCCCUCAAGACUCGGAGGCACCAAGUCAUACUGACACUCCCUCCUUAUCUCAGUCCAAGUCAGACGACACCAUCAAGUUCCAGUAAUUAUUAAAAGACUUGGGGUUGUGCUGAGGUCUAGCCAUCAUGCAAGUCCCCUUAAUUCGUCUCCAAUGCGGCUGCAACAGCUAUGACUGGGGCAAGAAAGGGAAGGACUCUGCGGCGGCCAAAUAUGCUGCGGCGACGCCUUCAGACAACUUCACCAUCCAAGAAGACAAACCAUACGCCGAACUAUGGAUGGGCACACACCCUUCCCUGCCUUCUAAGGACCUCGUCACUGGUAGAUCUCUGCUCGAUCUCGUCGCCGACAACCAAGCACUGAUGGGCACCGACAUCACCGAGAAAUACAACAAAAAGCUACCGUUCCUCUUCAAGGUCUUGUCCAUCAACAAGGCAUUGUCCAUUCAAGCCCAUCCCAACAAGAAGCUUGCCGAGAAGCUCCAUGCCAAAGACCCAAAGAACUAUCCAGACGACAACCACAAACCCGAGAUGACACUCGCCAUCACCCCGUUCGAAGGCCUCUGUGGAUUCCGCCCCCUCAACGAAAUUGCUCACUUUCUCGCAACCAUUCCACCCCUGCGUGAGCUGGUCGGUGAGAGCGAGGCCAAAGGCCUUGAAGAAAUCGCCAAUUCUUCCUCGCCAUCUCUCGCCGAUGCCAAAUCCCGCCUCAAGGCCGCGUUCAGCUCGCUCAUGAAGUCUUCCAAGGCAGAUGUCGCCGAAAAAUCCCACGCCCUCCUGGAGCUCGCCAAAAAGGGAUCGAUUUCUCCAGGCCCCAGUGUGAACACCUCCGAAGAGCUCUGCGAACUCGUACAGCGAUGCAACAGCCAGUUCCCAGAAGACAUUGGCCUCUUCGUGUUAUUCUUCCUCAACUUCGUCAAACUCCAGCCCGGCCAAGCCAUGUACCUAAAGGCGGACGACAUCCACGCGUACAUCUCCGGCGACAUUAUCGAGUGCAUGGCAAGCAGCGACAACGUGAUCCGCGCGGGCUUCACGCCCAAAUUCCAGGACGUCAAUACCUUGACCGACAUCUUGACCUACGACCACAAUCCUCCCGAGCAGCAGCUCCUCCAGCCCGUCGACUACCCCUACGUCACGCUCAACGACAAAGCCUACAGCUCUGGCAGCGACUCCUUGCUGUACGAUCCCCCGAUCGAGGAAUUCAGCGUCGUGCGCACGGUGCUCAAGAAGCCCGGCGCCAAGGCCACGUUCGAGGGCAUCGCCGGGCCCAGCAUCGUCAUCUGCACGAGCGGCGAGGGCAAGGUCAGCGUCGGCCCCAAGACGGAGGACUUCAAGGAAGGCUGGGUGUACUUUGUGGGCGCGACCGCCGAGCUGGUCAUCGAGAGCUCCGCCGACGAGAUGGUCACGUUCAGAGCCUUCUGCGAGAUCGACGACCAGGCCACCAAGCAGAACGGGGCGCAUUGACUAGCCGCCGCCCCCCGCAGGACGAGAGCUCAGCUGUGAGCGACGUCUCGACGCGACAGGAGCAACGGAAAGUGCGAAAAGGCACCCGCCAUGAAGGGGGAGUCGAGGAAGAGGGAUACGGAUGUGCCGUGAUUUUCUAUGCAUGGGUUUUAUGAAGACGGGAGAUUAAGAAUCGGACCAGAUAUAACGGACAGAACGAUCGAAAAGUUUCAGCUUACGAGGAAGAACCGGACGUGGUAGAUGAGGGCCUUAGAAGAGGGAAACUUCGGUUGGCAAGAGUCGCAGUCACUCGUGCAGACAAGGCAAUGCAGUAUUCCUUCUGACCCUUCAAUUUCGCGCACCACAAAAGUCUUCUUGCCCAGUCAGGGGUUCCACGGAGACAUACGUCCAUACAUGUCGGGGGGGACAGAACAGCAUCGCUGGUCGGCGGUGUGCCCGCUCAAUUUACCGCUCUGCGUGUACACCGGCGUAGGGCUGACUCGCUUUCCGAUAUUUGUGCGUAUCAUCACAUGCAAGGAGAGCCCUAUCACUGCCCGCAGAUUGGAGCGUUAACA